AUUUCGUCUUGAAAUUAAUAAAUUAAAUUUGAUAAUUGAAUCAAAAUAAAUAAAAUCAUAAUGGACAGAAAACAUCCAUGUCCGAAAUGUGAAAAGGCAUUUCUUCAUCAAAGUCAUUUGCGUGUACACAUGCGAAUUCACACGAAUGAAAGGCCGUACAAAUGCAAUUUGUGCGAAAAAAGCUUUACGCAAAAGGGUCAUUUAACAACUCACAUGAAAGUGCACUCCGUUGAAAAGCCGUUCAAGUGCUAUUAUAAUGGCUGUGGAGAAAGUUUUAAAUGGAAAUCCGGGUUGGAACAACACAUGUACGCAUUGCAUUCUGAUGAAAUUUUAUCUAAAAUUUCACCGAACGACCCGAAGAUAAUGAGCCGUAAAUGUAACUUCUGCUCAAAACUUUGUGCAUCUCCCGCAGCUUUAAGGGCUCACUUGAUAACUCACACCAAAGAGCGGCCAUUUUCGUGUAAUUUUUGCAACGGCACUUUCACUACCAAAGGUAAUUUAAACAGACACAUCAGUAACAUCCAUCAUAAAAAGGAAACUCCAUCUUGCUCCGAAAAAUGUGCACAAGAUGUUCAACGAGAGCAGAAAGAAUCGUUUGAACGACCAUCAACAAGUUUUCUUAUACCUGAGUCAACAGAAUUUCAAGAAAUUUCUUUCGAUGAGAAUCUUUUUACUUUACAAGACUGUGAAGAAUUCCUCGAAACUCUUAACGUCAAUUUUGGAAUUCUGCAACAGGAAGGUUUUUCACAAAUGACAUUUUCCCCAGAUAUGGACGUUGAAGACAGAAAACAUCCAUGUCCGAAAUGUGAAAAGGCAUUUCUUCAUCAAAGUCAUUUGCGUGUACACAUGCGAAUUCACACGAAUGAAAGGCCGUACAAAUGCAAUUUGUGCGAAAAAAGCUUUACGCAAAAGGGUCAUUUAACAACUCACAUGAAAGUGCACUCCGUUGAAAAGCCGUUCAAGUGCUAUUAUAAUGGCUGUGGAGAGAGUUUUAAAUGGAAAUCCGGAUGGAACAACACAUGUACGCAUUGCAUUUUGAUGAAAUUUUAUCUAAAAUUUCACCGAACGACCCGAAGAUAAUGAGCCGUAAAUGUAACUUCUGCUCAAAACUUUGUGCAUCUCCCGCAGCUUUAAGGGCUCACUUGAUAACUCACACCAAAGAGCGGCCAUUUUCGUGUAAUUUUUGCAACGGCACUUUUACUACCAGAAGUAAUUUAAACAGACACAUCAUAAUGAUUCAUCCGAAUAAGGAAAUUCCAUCUGGCUCCGAAAAAAGUACACAAGACGUUCAACGAGAGCAGAAAGAAUCAUUUGAACAACCAUCAACAAGUUUUCAAAGACCACAGUCAAUUGAAUUUGAAGAUAUUUCAUCAGAACAGAACCUUUUUACUUUAAAAGACUGUGAAGAAUUCCUUGAAACCGUUAAUGUCAAUUUAGGAAUUAUCCAACAGGAAGGUUCCUCACAAGUGACAUUUUUCCCAGAAAUGGACGUUGAGGAAAUUAAAUUGGAAUGUCCGUUGUGUCAUGAACAAUUUUUCGACGACGUUUCCCUUAAAGAACACGAAAGAAACGUUCAUCUGUUUGAUUAAUUAAUUAUGGACAACUAAUUUUCAAAAUAUAUUAAAUUAAUAAUAUAUCAGAUUAUUAAUAUUUCAAAAUUUAAUAACAAAGAAAAAAUUAAAUAUUUAUUAAAGAUGCUUAGUUACAGUUCGCGAUAUAUGUAAAAUCGUCGUGGAAAAUAUACAUCUAAUUUAAUUUAUAACGACAAUUAUUUGAUAGAAACUUCAUAAUAUUUGAAAGAAACAAAACUUAUUAAGUUAUUUUUUAUAUUUAUUGCUUCAA